GAUUAUGUUGAUAUUUCAGAAGUAAAAUUAAAAUGGAGAUAUCAGACUGUAUCUGGGACGAGGGGUUUCUCUGUUGUGAUGAUCUGGACGUACUCGAACCUAGCCUUGUAUCGUCCUCAAUCCCUAGCCCUGGACUCGUCCCCUUCCAGUGGUCCGAGGCCCCUCUGGCGGACGAAGCGGACAACUCCGACAUGACUCCGCAAUGCAUGCCCGUCAUAGAUCCCAUCUUCGUCAGAGAAAAUUUCAUAGAAGAUUGUCUAAUAGAUGGAGUAUCUGAAGUUAACGAGGUUGGGAAUGAUAUUCUCUCCGGGUACUGUCCUGACCAGGGCAGCAGUGAACAGUUUGCUUGUCUCCAUGUCCUAGUCUGCGGGUUUUGUCGAUCCGUCUUUCACGUUCUAGAGGAGUUCAAAAGUCAUCUGGUAACAUGCGAGAUCAAAUCUCCCGGUUCAGAGUUCAUUAGCUACGACUCCGCCACAGCAGUUGCUCUAGUGUUGUGGACUAAUACUGUACUGAGACGGGUUCAGGAGAGUUUAGCUGAGCUGGCGGAUACGGUCAACCUAACCCAGAGAAUUCAAGCCAGAUGGUGGAGACUCAGCAAACGAUCAAGACAGAGUUGGGAGAGAGCAGCUGAGGUUUUGCUAGAACUAGGAAAGGUUGGGAAUCUUGUGUUUCCUGCUCCGGAGUUAAACCUUGAACUGAGAGGAGGGGACGGAGAAGUGAGCAAGGAUAUUCGCUGGCCUGGUCCGCAUAAUAUCAUGGAUGCUGAUGAAAUAGAGAUGCUUGGAAACAUCAAGGUUGAGGACGAGGAUUCAUCCUUGCAAUCAGGAGAAUUGUUACCGGUAAAUCAACCCUCUCCAAGUCCUGGAAGAUUUCAGAAAAGCAGUGUGAGCGAAGACGUUGAUUUCGAGCAAAAUAUUGAAUCUGAACCUAGCAAGCAACAGACAGAUGUUAGGAAAACUAAAAACCAAAUUCGAGACAGACUGGGCCGAUGGAACACAGUGAAAGAAGGACCGUGUAAGAACGACAUUCAUUCCUGCAUUCCAUGUGAUUAUAAAACUAAUAAUCAGUGGAAAUUAAAAAGACACUUGACAAGCUCCAGACACACAUCUCGAGUGUCGGAGACUAAAUCAAAUAUUCCCAAUGAGCAUGCUGAUAACCAGGAAUAUUCCAAUGAUAAAGAAUAUCUAGAGAACCAAGAGAACUCUUCCCAAUCUCAGCAGAAAUCAAUCCUACUCUAUGAGGCUAGUUUGGACUAUAGAAAAUUUAAGAAUAAAGUGAACAAAGAUUCCCGAAAACUCAGCUGUCAACGAUCAAAUAUAAAACGGAAAAGUGCAAUAUCUGCAACUGAAAAGGUUCAAUCUUGGACCAAUGUCCUAGGACGGGGUAGAUCUUAAUAAAUGUAUAUUUAUAUUACAUUUUUUACUUUUGAGCGUGUUUAUUUGUGUUCUAUAUCUCUAGUCAAUUUCUAAACUUACAGA